GAAAUAUCAUCAUCAAACUUUGCUUUAUAAGCACAAAAACUCAAUAUAGCUUCACAAAUCUAGUAAUAUAUAUCUAAAUAUUUCUUUAUUAUCCUGUGGCUAAACACCAUGGCUGAGCUUCACAGUCCCAACAAAACACCAACGGAAGAUGAGUUUCAAUACCCCUUACGUUCAUCUCCAUCAUUUGAAAUAUACAACAACAACGAUCCUGAACAAGUUUUGAAAAGAACUGUUAUGAGUUUAGAAUCCAUUGGAACUAGUGACUUCACCUUUGAAAGAAGCAAAAUGGAUUUGAUUCAAGAAGAAGAAGAUAAUGAAAAUGAUUGGUCAACUGAGAUUCAGAAUCUGGGUGUUGUUGAUGAUGUUCAACCAUCUACUCCUCCUAUGUUUCUUGCUACAGGACUUGGAGUUGAUGGUGGUGAUGUUGUGUCUGAUAAUAAUUUUAUUAUCAGUGAUGAUAUGUUUGUGCCAAAUUUGCAAGAAAGUGAGAAUCUUCAAGAGUAUUAUAAGAUAAUGGUUCAUGAUUAUCCAUCUCAUCCUUUGAUUCUGAAAAAAUAUGCACACUUUUUACAAGGUAAGGGGGAGCUUCAAGAUGCAGAGGAGUACUUUCAUCGGGCUACUCUAGCUGACCCUAAUGAUGGCGAAAUUUUGAUGCACUAUGCGAAGCUGGUGUGGGAGAACCAUCACGACAGAGAUAGGGCAUCAGUCUAUUUUGAACGUGCAGCUAAAGCUUCGCCUCAAGACAGCGAUGUUCUUGCAGCAUAUGCUAGUUUUCUCUGGGAAACAGAAGAUGACGAGAAUGAAAGUGAAAACCAUACAACUCAGAAUGACAUGGAAAAACAAGAGACAAAACCUAUCAAUACCGCAAAUGAAGAAAAUGGUGCAGAAAAGCUUGCAACAGCUAAUUACAGUGAAGACAGUAAUGAUGCAGAUUAUUUGAAGAAGAUGAUUAAUGAGAAUCCUAACAAUCCUUUGUUUCUGAAGAAGUACGCUCAGUUUCUGUUUCAGUCAAAUAGAGAUCUAGAAGCAGCAGAGGAUUACUACUCAAGAGCAAUCUCGGCUGAUCCCAGCGACGGUGAAACAAUAUCAGAAUAUGCUAAACUGCAGUGGCAACUUCAUCAUGAUCAGGAAAAAGCUUUGUCUUUAUUUGAACAAGCAGUUAAAGCUACCCCUGGAGAUAGCAAUGUUCUUGCAGCAUAUACAUGCUUUCUUUGGGAAACAGAAGACGAGGAAAGCUGAAUACAAAAGUAGAACCAGGUUCGAUAGAUCUGCUGCAAAAUGUCAUUGUUAUAGGAGAAUAAGGAAAACCAAAAACAAUCAACAGAGGAAGCAGCAAGAUUAGCUCAUCUAGAUUAAAGAAAACCAUACUUUUAUUCAUUCUAUUUUGUUCUUAUUUCUAGAAUAACAAAAUUAGCUACAAACUCUCCUCUUAUAUUACUACUUUGUACGGAGAAAGUUGUAAAUCUUUCACCAUAAAUUUACCACUCAUUAUAAGUGCACUUUCUACUAA